AGCUGUCAACGAGUCGGGAGUCAAUGGUCACCGAUGACAGUUUGAAAUUAAUGAAUGUGAUUUCUGUUGUAUUAAAUUUAUUUAAUUAUAGAGAAAGUUGAGGACUAUCAUCCUUUAAAGAAGGCAAAAUGUCGAGUACUUCCCAAAAACAUAGAAAUUUUGUAGCAGAGCCUAUGGGCGACAAACCUGUUACUGAUUUAGCAGGAGUUGGCGGAGUUUUAGGAGAACGCUUGGUCGCUGCAGGGUUCGAUAAGGCAUACGUAGUUCUUGGUCAGUUCCUUGUUUUGAAAAAAAAUCAAGAAUUCUUCAAAGACUGGAUGAAGGAUACCUGUUCAGCCAAUUCCAAACAGUCAUCAGACUGCUGGCAGUGCUUGAAUGACUGGUGUGAAGAGUUUUUGUAAUCUUAAUAGUCGAAAUAAGUAAAUUAAUUAUUUGAAUAUAUACUUCUAAUGUAAAUUGUCAGAAGGAUUAUAAAAUAUUUAAGAAUAUUUGUUUUGUAAAUAAAUUGUAAGGCAACUCUGAUUUUUGGAUUACAUUUUGAAAUAUGAUCUUAUUCCAGCAAAUAAAGUGUUCUUGGUAAAGGUGAAA